GGUGAUACACGUGUCGUUGCCUUUUUUCUAAGAUCGAUAUUACACGCCGAUUUCCCCCUUCCUGUCGUCACGUCUCUGCGCUAUCAUCAUUAGCUAAAUGUCCUUUUUUUCAAACGGAAUUAACCAUAAUUAUUUUAUGUUCUCGCUGGCAUAUCCUCACACGAAUGCUUUGUUCUUGACCUUUUUGAGGUUCUCGUAAACGGUCGUGCAUGGCGGGGAUUGAACAAAUUCUAUUCUGACUGAGAGGAUUCCAAGGAAAAAUUUCGUUUUCGAAUUUGGAAAAAAUAUAAACAAAAAAGGGUUCAAACCAUUUUUUUGGCUGGCACAUCGAACUUUUUGAAUUUACCACUUGAACUUUUUAAACUCACUGGACUCGUGUGUUAUCGAAUUCGAACAGCAAUUAAUUUCUUUGAAAUUUUUUCUCUUUUAUUCAAAACACUUUUAUAAUUAAAUUUUCGAUAGAUCGUGAUUCAAAACGUGACGAUUUACCUUUCGAGGGUUCAUUUGCGAUGAAGGUGAAAAAAAGAUUGACGUGAUACGCUCGAGAUCGAAUGAUAUUAUUCAGUGAGGUUAUGUUGUUACACCUAAAAUUGUAAACAAAAAGUUCGGUUAACCCAGUGAAGAUGAAUAUUGAAUUUGAGUGCAAAGAUUGAAUUGAGAAUUAUCAACGAAAUUGAAUGUUGACAUUCAUCAACGUUUAACGUCGAAACACAAAAAAAUUGUUGGAAUUCAAAAUUUUCGCAUUUGUACCGAAUGACCUAAAAAAAUCUAAUCCAAAAAUUGAGAGAGCUAACGAAUUGAGUGAAAAAUAAAAAAAAACAUUGUCAAGAUGCCUCUCGGUGAAAAACCCGAAUGUGUUCGUUGCGGAACUCGAGAAACCCCUUUGUGGCAUGCGACAGAUACAGGCAGUCUGUGUAAUUCUUGUCUUGACGAUGAAAGAAAUCUCAGCGAUGCAAACACAAUUGUGAAAAAUGAAGACGAGGAUAAAAAUAGCACGAAUGGCAAACCGUCAAGAAAAAGUACUAGAAUCACACGAUAUUGCAAGCCUAAAGCUACUAACGGAUCGGCCCUUAAAACUGUGCCUAAGGGCAAAGGUCGUCGUCAUAUAUUUAAAAAACAGCCAAUAAAAGCUCCGUCAGCAGUAGCAACGCCAGUCACCAGUAAUUUUGUUUUUUACAAAGGAUCGUAUUUCCAAACUGGUGACAUAGUGUCAAUGGAAGACACAGAUGGAGGAAUUUACUACGCCCAAAUAAGAGGUUUACUGACGGAUCAGUACUGUGAAAAAAGUGCAGCAGUGACAUGGCUUUUGCCAACAACAUCGAGUCCUCCGCCUUACCAAGGCUUCAGUCCAGAGACUUACAUUAUUGGGCCUGAAGAAGAUUUACCUCGGAAGCUUGACUGCAUGGAGUUUGUAAUGCAUGCUCCAUCCGACUACUACAAACUGAAAAACACUCCUUACCCUCCUCCGCUAACGGAGACCGGUGCUGGCUACAUUUGGACAUCGCUACGAAACGAAUUGAACGCAGUAAAGAACUUUAAAACGACCCUGGAUCGGAGGAUUUGAGUCGUGCUGAAUGUAUUUGGCAUCUCGUUGGUUGGUCCUUGUUUUCAUUGAAUAUAUUCAAUGUAACCGGGGGAGCGAGUGGGG